CCCGUCUCUAUCUACCAAGACAUCCACCAGCUCAGUGGAUUUUAAUCCAGCCCUAUUGCUGCUUAAUACGACGCUAUCUACCUACCUGGAACAAAACUACAUUGAAACCGCCAUUCACCCACUAUGCCUCCCAAGAAAGCAAACACCUCCGACACCACCUCUGUCAACGGCCUCAGCGAGAACGAACUCCGCUUCAUCAAGGCCGUCUUCGACAACAUGACCCAAAAGCCCGACGCUGACUGGGAUAAAGUCGCCGGUGACCUGGGUCUCAAGGACGCCAAGUGUGCCAAGGAGCGCUUCCGCCAGAUGUCUGUCCGUCACGGCUGGCGCCCCAACGCCCAAGCCGGUCUGGGCAGCAGCCCCAGCAAAGGGAAGAAUAGCAACGAUGUCACGGGCCCCUCUGGUGAUGGCAAAGUGACCAAGAAGCUGAGAGUGAGAACCCCAAAGAAGAUGGUGGCUAAGAAGGAGGAGAGCUCGGGUUCGGAUGUGAAGAAGAGCGAGGAUGAGGAUACUAAGCCGGAUGUGGGACUAAAGGAUGAGGAAGAUGAUGGUCCUUUUUGAAGACUUUGAGGAGAAACUGGUUGUUGUUGCUGUUGGUAUUACUACUGCCAUCUAAGGAACAAUUUGAGCUGGGAAGGUACUGAAUACGCUGAUAUAUUGAAGCUGGAUCGGAU